AUGAAUUUCUUUUACUUUCUCCUCUCUUUCAUUUUCCUCAUUCUUCAUCUCUCUGGACAAAGAGUUGUACAAGGUGAGGUUGAUUUUCAACGUCACCACCAUCAUCAUAAAGAGCGUAUAACAAAAUUGUUUGUGUUUGGAGAUUCAUAUGCUGACACAGGAAACAUCAAAAGAGGUCUUGCUUUUUCAUGGAAACAUCCUUAUGGUGUCACCUUUCCCGGCAAGCCCGCCGGCCGUUUCUCCGACGGCAGAGUCCUCACCGACUACAUUGCCAUGUAUUUGAAACUGAAAUCACCAGCAUCAUACAGAAUAAGAAAACAUUUGGCACCACAUCAUUUGAAAAAUGGGAUGAGCUUUGCAUUUGGUGGUACUGGUGUGUUUGAGACACUGUAUCCAGGUCCAAACAUGACAACCCAGAUCAGUUUUUUUGAAAAGGCAAUACAAGACAAAGUAUUCACAACCUCAGAUAUUAGAAAAUCAGUGGCUCUUGUUUCUGUCGCUGGAAAUGACUACACUCGUUACAAUGUCAAAAAUGGCUCUAUUCAGGGUUUACCAUCGUUCAUAUCAUCGGUGGUUAAUCAAACAAUCACAAACGUGAUUCGCAUCAAAGAAUUAGGAGUGAAAAAAGUGAUUAUAUCGAAUCUACAACCAGUUGGAUGUUUACCUUCACUAACAGCUUCAUCUUCAUUUAAACAAUGCAACGAAACAUCUAACACCCUACUUGUAAAUUACCAUAACAUCCUUUUAACCGAAGCUGUCACAAAAUUAAACCAACAAAAUAAUGAUCAUUCUUCAGCACCCUUUAUAGUUCUUGAUUUAUACAAUAGUUUCAUGUCGGUGUUGAAGCAUCCAAGCACACACAACAUUAAGAAUGAGUUGGAACCUUGUUGUGUUGGAGAGAGUAGUAAGUAUUUUUGUGGAAGUGUUGUGAAGAAGGUUAAGAAGUAUAAGGUUUGCGAGAAUCCUAAAUCUGCUUUCUUUUGGGAUAUGGUUCAUCCUACAGAUGCAGGGUGGCGUGCUGUUUAUACCAGGCUAAGAAUAACCAAUGCUCUUGAACAGAUUCAUCAUUAG